CCGCUGCUGCUGGGGGGCUGCUGCUGCUGCUGCUGCUGGAUCCGAGUGACGGAGGCUUUGGGGGUGGGGGGGGCAUCAUGAACAUGUCGGUGUGGUGGGGGAGAACCGGGACGCUGCCGAUGGCCCACAAGGGGAGGACCUGCACCCAUCACCAGCUGUAGAUAAAGGAUCCUCGCGCUGCCUCCGUUUCUCUCCAUCCUCGAGCUGCGUUGCAAUGGACCAGUGUGGAUGCGCAGCGAGCCUGUGAUUUCAUGUGUUUCCUUUUUUUUGGCCUCCGUGCAUCCGUGCAUCAUGGUAGACUGCAGAGCCACAGCGAGCCGGCCCUGAUGCCCAGCGCCGCCGGGAUGCGAUGCAACACGGCUGGGAUGCAGAGCCACCAUCGUCGCCUCCUCCUCCUUCUCCAGCUGCUCGGAUGCUCAGCAGUGGUUUGAGCAUCACCUGCUUCUGUUGUUUUUUUCAUGCGUUUUGAUUGAUUGUUUUGGCCAGCCUGAGAAAGAGAGAGAGAGAGAGAUAGAGAGAGUAGCCUAGACGUCAAGACCACCUAGACCAUCUAGACCACCAUCUAGACCACCACCAACAAAAAAUAACAAUAAUCAGACACAGCUCUCAAAUGAUGGACGAGGAGACGAUGACCAAAAGCGAGGAGCAUCAGCAGCAUCAGCAUCAGCAUCAGCAGCAUCAUCUGAAUUUGCAGAAAGCCCUGCAGCAGUGCGAGCUCGUGCAGAACAUGAUUGACAUCAGCAUCUCCAGCCUGGAGGGUCUGAGGACCAAAUGUGCCACAUCCAACGACUUGACACAGAAGGAGAUCCGGACUCUGGAGGGAAAGCUGGUGAAGUACUUCAGCCGGCAGCUCUCCUAUAAGAAUAAAGUGCCCUUACAGGAGCGGAACGUGGAGCUGGACGGGUUCCCUCGCCUCACACACUGGUUCCGUAUCGUCAACAUGAGGAAGGAGGUGACUGAGGAGAUCUCUCCGGGUGAGCUGACUCUGGAGGCUCUGUUGGAGAUGGGGGAUGAGGGGGUGUCUGAGACGCUGCAGAAGUUUGGGGCGAGUGAGGAGGAGUGUGCUCGUCUGAACGCCUCCCUCACCUGCCUACGCUCCGCCCACCAAUCAGAACAACUGGAGGACGACAAAUUACACAGCAACGGAGGAACCAGCAGUAACCAGUCUAAACAGGACUGGUCUAUCCAGUGGCCUACGUCUGAGUCGGGUAAAGAGAACACGCCGGUGGGCACGCCGGAGCCGGGACAGUGGGUCCGACUGCAGCUUGCGCAAAGCCCGAAACUGCCGUCGUCCCGCUACAGCCAGCACCUGUGCCACAGCCCGCAGGCCCUGGCCCCGCCCUUCUACGCCCUCCACCCGCACCCCCAGGCCGACCGGCUCACCGUGGACUCCCACUCGGGCCUGCUGCCCUCCAUCCUCGACAUGGGCCACCGGUCCCUCCCGCCGUCCCCCCGGCAGAGGCACUUCCCCCACACGCCUCCACGGACUCCCCUAGUGGUGAACACCAUGACCCCUCCGGGCACGCCCCCCGUCCGGCGCCGGAACAAGCUGAAAGCCCCCGGUACGCCUCCGCCCUCCACCCGCAAACUCAUCCACCUGCUGCCCGGCUUCACCGCCCUGCACCGCAGCAAAUCACACGAGUUCCAGCUGGGGAACCGGGUGGACGACGCUCAGACGCCCAGAGCCAAAAAGAAGGCCAAGCCCCUGAACCUCAAGAUCCACAGCAGUGUGGCAGGAAGCUGCGAGAACCUGCCGACUCAGCGCUCUCCUCUACACUCGGAUCACUCGCUCCGCUCCUUCUUCUUCCCCAGCCUGGUGCCCUCCACGCCCCCGGUGCAUGCCACUGAGGUGCCCACCGCCAACACACUGUCAGUUCCUCGCUGGUCCCCGCAGAUCCCUCGCCGAGACUUGGGCAACUCCAUUAAACACAGAUUUUCCACCAAGUACUGGAUGUCGCAGACCUGUAUAGUCUGUGGGAAAGGAAUGUUAUUCGGCCUGAAGUGCAAAACCUGCAAGUUGAAGUGCCACAAUAAAUGUACCAAAGAAGCACCUCCUUGCCAUUUGCUGAUCUACCAUCGAGGAGGUAGAGAAACAUCAUUUAAAGAACAAGUAACGACUCAAGCUCGUCAGCUUGUCAGGACCGAGUCGGUACCGUGUGACAUAAACAACCCGCUCAGGUACACGGACCUGCACAUCAGCCAGACUCUGCCCAAGACCAACAAAAUCAACAAGGACCACAUCCCUGUGCCGUAUCAGCCUGACUCCAGCAGUAACCCCUCCUCCACCACCUCCUCCACCCCGUCAUCCCCUGCUCCUCCCCUCCCCCCCAGCGCGACUCCUCCAUCACCGCUCCACCCGUCGCCUCAGAGCAUCCGGCAACCCAAACAGCCCAACCUAACAGCAUCUCAUUACUACAAAUACAAGCAGCAGUUCAUCUUCCCUGAUGUUACCCCAGAAGUCCCCAGUCGAGCUCCUCAGGUUAUCCUACAUCCUGUGCUGUCAGAGCCUGGUAACAAAGGCAACCCUCUUCUCCAGAUCGAAGUGGAACCUACUUCAGAUAACGAGGAGGGGAAUGAUGAAGCAGGGGAUUCUGCAGACGAGUUCGAGGAGAUGAAUCUUUCGCUGCUGUCGGCGAGGAACUUCCCCCGUAAGGCCAGUCAGACCAGCAUCUUCCUGCAGGAGUGGGACAUCCCCUUCGAGCAGCUGGAGAUCGGGGAGCUGAUAGGGAAGGGGCGGUUCGGGCAGGUGUAUCACGGCCGCUGGCACGGGGAGGUGGCCAUCCGCCUCAUCGACAUCGAGCGCGACAACGAGGACCAGCUGAAGGCCUUCAAACGCGAGGUGAUGGCGUACAGGAACACCCGGCACGAGAACGUGGUGCUGUUCAUGGGGGUCUGCAUGAGCCCCCCGCACCUGGCCAUCAUCACCAGUCUGUGUAAAGGGAGGACGCUUUACACUGUCAUACGAGACGCUAAAGUCAUCCUGGACGUCAACAAGACCAGACAGAUAGCGCAGGAGAUGGUUAAGGGCAUGGGUUACCUGCAUGCCAAAGGCAUCCUUCACAAGGACAUGAAAUCCAAGAACGUCUUCUACGACAACGGCAAAGUGGUCAUCACUGACUUCGGACUCUUCACCAUAUCCGGCGUCCUCCAGGCGGGCAGUAGGAGGGAGGAUAAGUUGCGGAUUCCCAGUGGUUGGUUGUGUCACCUCGCCCCGGAGAUUAUCCGUCAGCUCUCUCCAGAGACGGCGGAGGACCAGCUCCCCUUCUCCAAACAGUCUGACGUCUUCGCCUUCGGCACUAUCUGGUACGAGCUGCAUGCACGGGAGUGGCCGUUUAAGAACCAGCCGCCGGAGGUGAUCAUAUGGCAGGUGGGCAGCGGCAUGAAACCCAACCUCACCCAGAUCGGCAUGGGCAAGGAGAUAUCGGACAUCCUGCUGUUCUGCUGGGCGCACGAGCAGGAGGAAAGACCCAGCUUCUCCAAACUGGUGGAGCUGCUGGAGAAGCUCCCCAAACGCAACCGCCGCCUCUCUCACCCCGGACACUUCUGGAAAUCAGCUGAGUAUGUUAAAUGAGCCGUGCUCUCAUAAAAACCCAACCGACCCAAAACCCUGUUCACAGUGUAAAGAGAUGCUCUGAAGUGCUGGAGGUGAGAUCUCCCUUAAAUAGGAAGCCGUUCUGAUGCACUGCGGUGCUCUAAUCAGCGUCUGGUCAGAACUCUAAUCAGCAAAAAACUGACCAAUUAAAACCUGCCUAAACUGAGUUGCUGUUGGUUACCGGAGUGUACGAAUUUUACUACAAGAAAAAACGUAUAUAAAUUACGUAGUUACGUUUCCGAACACAACGAUUAGCUAUUAGCUAUUAGCUUUAGCGCACCCAGAGCUCCUCAUGUCCUUCUGUUAUUUCUCUUCGUUCAAUCAUGUACGGAAGAUCUUCGUUCUUUUCUUUUCUUUUUUUUUCUCUUCUUCUCUGUUUUUCUGUUUUCCGUCGGAUCUGUUUCUGUUACACCAGUUUUUACGGAUUUCUUUGUGAUUAAUUUCUGAAUGUUAUCUUUUGAGGAAAUUCUUAUUCUUCUUAUUUUCUUUCUUCCUUCUUUUUUUUCAAUCAUAUGUCAUUCUGUAUCGACUGCAUACUUUUGAUGCGUUUUUAUGAACAAAUGCAAAUUGUUUUUAAAUCUGUGUUCUUAGUUUCGUGUCUGUACUCUGUUGAUUUGUUUUCUUUUUUUUUUUACGGAGUGAAUGUAUUUAUUUUACGGAUCUGAGAAAUGUACUACUGUUCGAAGUUCCUUUGUCUUGAUUGUUGAUUCUGUUGGGUAUAUUUUUCAGUCUGGUCACUGUCUUUUCUUUAUUUUACGAAUUUACAGAGUUGAACAUGUGUUGUCGACGUUUGUGUGGUUUAAUUCCGUUUUUUUUUUUUUUCUUCGUCUGUAGAUUUCCGUAAAAUCUAGAUUGUCUAGAUGAGAAUGUGAACCAUUCCUUGACUAUCCUUAUUUCAGAGUACGAAGCCGAUAUUUCAAUAUAUUUUGAGAAUCCGUUAUUUCUUAGAGAUUUCUCGUACGAGAUUGACCUAAUUUGUUUUACGGAAACGAAUUGCGAAUUGAGCUUAUAAGUACAGUCAAAAACAGCGGCAACUUACUCUCCGUUUUUUUCCCUCUUUUUUUGCUCUUUUUGACGUUUACCAGACUCGUAAACUACGUAUCUACUAUACGCAGUUACUGACACUUGAAUUGUAUCAUACCGAACUGUGACGAAACUGGAGAUUAAAUGCUGUUUCUGAGCCCGCGAGGAGAGCGAGUGCUACGUCUAAUCAAGACUUACGAAUUGUGUUGGUUUUUUUUUUUGUUUUCCUACGACGUUGGAUACGCACGAAUGUUUUCAGCAUAUUUUAAAGCAUACGAUGUUUGUACAUUAUUAUUAUUAUUACUAUUAUUACUAUUAUUGUUACUAUUAUAAUUAUUAUAGGCUGCACAUACCUGCACUAGCGAAGCAUUACCAUGGCUGGUAGUCCACUUCUUCACUUCUUCAUUUGUAAAAUACUGAAAUGCCGAUGACUGUUGCAUGCGAGUGUCGAUGAUAACGGAAAAUGCAAAAGGAAAACGUUUCAUAUUUUUCGUCGUUUUUUUUUAACGUUGCGUUGCGAACCCGUUGAGAAGGUGACGUAAGCUGCGUACGUAUGGCUUUAAAAAUGAACCGCUGUGAAUCGCCGCUUUAGCCGCCAUCGCAGUGCCAUAAAAAACACACACAAAAGGCUACACAAACACACCUACACACACCUACACACUGGCUGUAGACAAUCUACCCACUCUUACAGCCGUUCCUAACAGCUCAUAUCCACCAGUUCCACCAGUGUCCAGACCGCUUCUAGAUCUACUGCUGCUGUUUUUUGAAGUAUUCGAGUCUAUUUUUGGGAUCAUGAGAAUUCUGAUAUUUCGUGGAUCAUUUAUAUUUGUACAGCUCACACCUUUAACAAUUGCAUGAGAGGACCUACCUGUAACAGAACCUGUUCUGGGAAAAAAAUAGACCGACCCUCAGAACCAUCUCACAUCAAGUGUGUAGUUUCUAGUGUUUCAGCUGAAUAUGAUCAUAAACAGAUAAUUUAUAUUAUAUUUUACACCUCACCCAAAAUAACAUCAUCAGGCCGCUUUAAAAUAUGUUCCAUUACACUACAGUAGAAUAUGUGUUAGACUAUGAUUGUGAUAUACUCAUACUGUAAACUCCAUAUAUACAGUGGACCACAAUGUGCUGAAGUCAGGCGUCAUUCUGCAUUAGUUCCUGCUUAUGCCCAUAUUUGGCAUUCUGGGUCUGAGCUCGAUUUAAAAUGGUAGAAAUGGAUGAAUGGGGUUUUCGGAAAAUCGUUUUUUUCAUCACAUCCUGUGGUAAAUACAUAUAAUCAGAACUUAAAUUGCUUUAAAAGUACUAUUUUACCAGUCUCAAAUACCAAUAAAACAAUUUAUUAACAGAGUUAAUAAACAGAGACUUACAGGAGUAGUCAGAGACAGGCAGGGUCAGUAUCAAAUGGGUAACAAUAAAAAACAACAUGCCAGAGUGAACAGAAAACAUGGACAUACAUGUGGAAACCAAACAAACAAAAAAGGAAUAGUGAAAAAACAUCAAAAGGAGUCGGUAACACAAGCAAACGAACAAAAGAAACGUUUAGGACAAGAGCUAGAGAACUAGAUUCAAUACCCGACUAGGAAAAAACAGAAACAUGGGGGUAUUUAUACAAGACCGACCAGGUGAGUGCAAUCAGUAGCUCGGCGAGCGUGAAUUCCUUUGCAUCACAUGAUCAGUAGAGUUAGGGAAGUCCAGUGAGUGUGCAUGCUGGGAGUUGGAGUCUUUGUUGUAAUGUUCAAAGUUACAAAGUCUUUUAAAAGUCAAAAUAUACAGUUAUUUCAAUAUGUAAGCUUAUGAUAUUGUGAAUUGAAUUAUAUCCAUCCAACAUUUUACACAUUAAUAUAGCAUUGCACAACUCUAAUUCUAUUUUUAUGUAAAGUGUAUAAAGGGAAUCGUGGGUCAAAGUCAUAUCAAGUAAAAACUGAAGCCACACCCCCUCUGUGCCCUGCCCAAAGAGACUAAACAAUGGUUUCCCACACUGCAUCGCACUGCACAUGCAAUGUAGUAGAGUGCAGAUUAAAAAGCGACCAUCCAAAUUCCAAUUUCUUCACCAAAAUAUUAAAAGUCAUCCACUAAUAUGUUGAUAUACUAACCACUGUAGAUCAUUUUUGAAAUUUUGAUUUGGAUAAACAAUAGCUACAAUUCUAACAGACACAAAGGCAGUUACAUCAACAGGGUUGAAUAAGGUUAGUCGCAAUGCCAACAGCAGGGCUUGGGAGAGUGCUUGGCAGAAUUGGAGCUGUGAUGCUAACGGACCCAACAGCCUUGCUUAGCAGUAUGAAAGAAGAUGGCCACAGAAGCCAGACUCUGCUCCUCAGUUGGAGGGGCAGUGCUACCAGGGACAACAGCCAGAAUCUGCUGGGUUGGAGCGUGUUUGCUGAAAUGCUUACUGGCUCGGCUGUUUUGAAGUGGGUUAGACACAAUGCUAACAGCUAGGCCCAGCAGAGUUUGUUCAGUUUAGGUGUGAUGCCAAUAGCUAGACUCGCUUGGGUUUGAGACGUGAUGCUAACAGACACAGCAGCUGGGCUUAGAAGGUUGGAGCUAGUUAGCAGUGAUGCUAAUAGCCAGUAUUACUAGGGUUGGGGAUGUGAUGCUAACAGACCCAACAGCCUUGCUUAUGGAAGCAGUAUGGAAGUGGAUAGCCACAAUGCUAAUAGUUGGACUUGAAGUAAAUUGAAGAAGCAAUGCUACCAGAGUAGAGUUGGAGACGUGAUGCUCACAGACACAGCAGCUGGUCUUAGAAGGUUGGAGCUAGUUAGCAGUGAUGCUAAUAGGCAGCUUCGGCAGAGCUGUUGCUGUGAUGCUAACAUGUUCUGAACAUAAUAAUACCACAGAAUGUGAUAAAAAAAAAUUGAAAAAAACAUUUUUGCCAUUAAAAAUCAUGCUUAUUCCCAGAGUGCCAAAUAUGGGCGUAACAAUAUGGGGCCGACUACAAAAUGACGGUAGAUUUCAGAGAUUUUUUCCUUUGGAUUUUAGUAAAAUUCUGAAUAGGAAAACUGGGAGAAACUUCAGGAAAAGUUUGAUAUCUAACAACCAUCUCCAUCAGUUGCAUCAGUGCCACCGAUCCGGGUUAUAAAAAUAAUCCGUAGCUGUAAAUGAAUUAAUUUCCCCUCAUUUUAUCGAGCCUCAUUUUGGGUGUACGUCAAAUCCGUCCCAUGAUGAAUGUAUGAAUUGUGCCGAGUGUGUCUUUUAUUAUUUCUCUCUUUUUAUUCUCUCUUUUUCUUUCUUUUACGUUGUUGUUUGGACUUUAAUUCUGAAUUAUUUAUCUCCAUGCUUUUGUUCCGUUGAGGAUUUGAUUUAUUUAUUAAUUUGAUUUGGAAUUGUGUGCACAUUACUGCCAGUUUUUGUUGGAUUUUCUUCACGAUUGUGUUUCUGUACUGUAGGUUGUAGGUGUUUAAAUGCUUGUAUUUACAGAUGCCUUAUGGUGCACAGCUUAGUGACUGCUAGACUCAUCACGAGCUCUUUCUUUGCACUUCAUCCUUUACGAAAUACGACAAUAAAAAUGUUCAUUUUGGAAUUUUA